UUCCUUUGCAGUCAUUCCAAAGACUUCCAAAGAGAUGCCAUGUCAGGCUGCUGAUGUGGACAAAUGCAGUUCCUUUGCAGUCAUUCCAAAGACUUCCAAAGAGAUGCCAUGUCAGGCUGCUGAUGUGGACAAAUGCAGUUCCUUUGCAGUCAUUCCAAAGACUUCCAAAGAGAUGCCAUGUCAGGCUGCUGAUGUGGACAAAUGCAGUUCCUUUGCAGUCAUUCCAAAGACUUCCAAAGAGAUGCCAUGUCAGGCUGCUGAUGUGGACAAAUGCAGUUCCUUUGCAGUCAUUCCAAAGACUUCCAAAGAGAAGCCAUGUCAGGCUGCUGAUGUGGACAAAUGCAGUUCCUUUGCAGUCAUUCCAAAGACUUCCAAAGAGAUGCCAUGUCAGGCUGCUGAUGUGGACAAAUGCAGUUCCUUUGCAGUCAUUCCAAAGACUUCCAAAGAGAAGCCAUGUCAGGCUGCUGAUGUGGACAAAUGCAGUUCCUUUGCAGUCAUUCCAAAGACUUCCAAAGAGAUGCCGUGUCAGGCUGCUGAUGUGGACAAAUGCAGUUCCUUUGCAGUCAUUCCAAAGACUUCCAAAGAGAUGCCGUGUCAGGCUGCUGAUGUGGACAAAUGCAGUUCCUUUGCAGUCAUUCCAAAGACUUCCAAAGAGAAGCCAUGUCAGGCUGCUGAUGUGGACAAAUGCAGUUCCUUUGCAGUCAUUCCAAAGGACUGUGUUCAUGAUCUUGUCCCUGAAGAAAUGUCAAGUUUAGAAAAAUGUGUCACAUGUGGAGGACCCUUUUCACCUCUGAAAUGGUCAGGGGUGAGGUGUAAAGUUUGCUAUGAGUCCUGGCACAAAAAGUGCUAUGUUAAGCACAAGGUGAACAUCACUGAACCUCUUCCAGUAGUAAGUGUUUUAGUAGAAUUAUUCUCAGUGAAAUGCUUUCCAAGUACACAAAAUAUAAAUGUAUUUUUUAAUCAUUAUCAGGUUUGUGAAGAACAAAGUUCAAGUGAGAUGUUGCUCAAGUUUUAA